AUGAAUAAAACAAUCAGAUUUGCAGCUCGAGACCCAGGAUAUUUCUUCAUUAAAUAUUCAAUAUCUGGUCCGAGCGCGGGCGAAUUCUCUUUGCCCGAAGACGAUAUUGUGUUCGUAACUUCCGAAAAUGGGUUAAUAGAAGAACAAGUAUCGGUUUUUACCUUUCCUAAUGGUUGUCACAAGAGGAAGCUUGGAACUUGUCCUCGGUCCAACGAAUCCAUAGUCGCAUCAUCAACAUCUCCGUUCAUUCCGUUUGGGCCUGUAACUCUAACACAUGGAGUUGUUACUCUAGAGGUUGGCCAGUCUUGGAAAACCCCAUUGUCAUUACUAGGUGUAAAUUUACCGAAUUCAACUGCAAUUACAACUCCACAGUAUUGUGAUGACAGAAUGGACGUUAUUUCUUAUUCCACAGAAUCGCUUUUGAAAUCACGUGUUUUAGCUAGAUCGUUUAUAGAAACUGUCGCAGAUAGUUUUCCAUCGUGGAUAAAAGUCACUCUAGGUAAUAAACAACGCUUAUUCAAAAAGACUCACUCCUCAGAGCUGAAAACAUUCUUUUUGACUGGGAAAGAACUUCGAGAAGAAGGUAUCGGAAAAGGCCAACCCAUAUUCGAGGAUAUGUUCUAUUCCUUACUUAGAACCAGGAAUCUGAAUAUUACCAUUCAAAACGAUGCGGAUAUCUUAAACUCUGAAUCCCUUAGUCUAAUUUCAUUCGCUGUAGAACUCUGUGGAAAACCGCCGUUGAAUGUGUUAUUGCGUCCAACCAACUUGCAAGACACCUUAUUCGCAGUAAACAAUGUAUCAAUUUUAAGACAGUUUAAAGAAUAUGGCUGGGGUUUCAAAUUUUAUUCUCUUCAAUUUUCUAAAAGUAAAAAGAUCGCAAAAGUAAAGACAGGCACAUUUUGGGAUGGCCACGAUUUCUUCAACGUGGAAGAAUCUUCAAACGAGAGUUUUGCGGCAGUAUUGACGUUUCUCAAGUAUUUCAGACAUUCAAAUUUUGGUGACGUAAGACUGAAAUUUGACGGAACGAUCAUUGGAAAUGUUGAAAAUAUAGACGAGGUAAAAAUAAUAUUAAAAAUAGUGAUUAUAACAUCAUUUCGUUUCUGAUUGGCCAAGGACAACAACAUUUUAUCUUAAUUUUUAUUACGAGAAAUACAUACACGCAUGCGGCAUGCAGCCUCUCGCCAUUUCACAAACUUGGUUCAACAUAAAAUAUUCCGAAUUAGACAGCUGCUGACUGAACGCUUGCGUGAAAUUGUGGUCAUGGCCAGUAGUGACUAAAUUAUUUUGAUUUUGUACUUGAGUAAAAGUAGAAGUCGUCGACGUCACUUUAACAUUAACUUGAGUAAGGAUAAAAAGUACUGGGGGGAAAUAUACUAGAGUAAAGAGUACAAGUUAAUUAGUUUUAAAAAAGUACUUAAAGAAGAAGUUGAAUGAAAAAUGAGUGUGUGUGGGUGAGGGGUGGGGGGAAGUGUUUUAAUACUCAAUCAACAAUGAUCACAUAAAUCUGAUCUGUCCUCACGUACACCUGUCAAAACAGGGUAAAGUGCCUUGUAAUGUACCUUUGUACAAUUUGCCGAAAUUGAUUUAUGGAUUUAAAAAAAUUGUUACAUUGGCUUUUCGCCUUUCCGGGUUUACAUACUCCACGUCAUAUUUUAUACAUAGAAAAAAUCCUUUAUGCUAAGCUUUACACAACAGACUGUAUUAAUUUUAUAUGCUUAUAUAACAAGUCAUGUCCUCCAUGCACAUUUAAAUACAAUGCGUGGUAAUUGGCUUUGAUAACAUGGCCAUAAUGUUAGGCCUGCGUGGAUCGGAGAAAGUGAAAGAUCCACUGAUGGGUCAGCGAACUAAGCAUCAAUUCAUAGCCAUGUCCAAUUAAUGGGAUGUAUUUUGCAAACUGUGACUACGACAAGACUACCUCAAAUAGCAAUAGUCUUUUGAGUGUCCUGAUUUCUUUGUAUGCUAUUUAAUAAUGUAUUUUCAGGAAUAAGUGGAGUAUUAUUAAAUAAUAAUGAAAUUAACGUAACGAAAUACUUCGCAUCAACAUGAAAAUAACAAAGCAAAACGUUACUUCAUAAAAUGUCUUUGUUCCAAGCAAAAGUACUCUGACAAAUAUUUUACUUCGUUACUUGUUCACUACUCAAGAACACAAUUCAAGGGCAAUAACGUCAUUUAUUUACUUCGUCACUAGUCACCACUGGUCAUGGCAACACGAUCAAUUUACUUUUUAAUUUUUUUCGUACAAAAUGGCAACGUUACAAUAUUUAUAAAAUUAAUCAUUUUAAUGGAAUUAUCAAUUUCCAAAAUGUAUAAUAUAAGUAUAUGUUAUUAUACUCUCUAAAGUUCGAUUCAUUUUAUUAUUUUUAUAUUUUGAGCAUAAAAGGCUUUGAACUGUAAAAUACAUCUCUUUAACAAAUAACAAAAAUGAAAAGUACAAACAAACAAACAAACAAACAAACAAACGCGUCAAACGAACCACAGUUAAUAGAAUACAUGGUUUGGAGACUCGAUGAAAGUACAAUAUAACUCAUUAACUAUGUUGGUUUCGGUUUAUGCAAGAAUUUGGGCCUAUCUCGUCACGUGUGUAUUGUAUUUUCCCCCACACAACCAAUAGCAAUGUUUAAAUUGAGCAUUUGAUCAAGUUACGGAUGGAAAGUUGAGCGAAAAUACAAUACACACGUGACAAGAUAGGACCAAAUUCUUGCAUAAAGCUGGACAAUAGUUAAUGAGUUAUAUUGUACAUUCAUCGAGUCUCCAAACCAUCUAUUAAAAUAACUGUGAACGAACGCAUUGAACCGGCGAUGAAAAGCGGUUAUCAACUAAAACAUAGAUAACCCGGCCCAGGUAAAUUAAAAACGUAUUUGUCCAUUAUAUUGAUUAAAGUUGCAUGGUAACAUACUGUUGAGUGCUACUUACAACACGAACUUUAAUGUAAAAUUUAACCGUAGAUGCAACGUAUUAGUCUUACAGUCAAAUAAUAUAAAAACUGACAGAAUUAGCUUAUAACCAAUAAAUGUUCCAAAUUACUUUAAAUUAUUUAUUAUAUUCGACAUAACAGUACUGCCAUUAAGUAUAUCUUGAAAUUUUUGACGACAAUAUCUCCAAUACAUGUAAAAAUUUCCAAUGCAACACAGGCUGACAGACAUAGGACUUGCAGUUAUUGCAUUUAUUUUCCUGAUUCUUAUUUUACUGCAGAUCUUGAAUUAUCCUCUCAAGCAACAUUGGGACGUUUGUAUGUAUGGAAGAAUUGCCUUGACCGUGGUGACUAAAAUUGAAGGACAAGCUGUGGAACUUUCUUUAAAUGCACGAGAAUCUGUUGGUUAUGCUGCUUUCGGAGGUAGGCAAUGUUUCAGCAUGCAUGCACUACUCUUAAAAUAUUUGUCUCGUCCUCAGGCUCUAUAAAGGAUUUCACAUACGAGUCACUAUAUUAAAGGUUUACAUGAAGUAGUGCGUCAUUAUAGGCCGCAAGGGGGACGGGAUGUGAGCGUUCCGGUUAGCUUUCACAGCCCCAUAAACCCUUGCGCUACUCGUUCGUUGUGAUGCACUACUUCAUGCAAACAUUUUAUAUAGUGACUCUUAUGUGAAACUUUUUGUUGCGCCUGGGGACGAUCCAGUUAUAGUAUAAUAAUGGAAAAUGUUGAACGCAGUUAUUUCAGCGUUAUUUUUUUACAUAUGAACGCACUCAUUUUAAAAUGUGAAGGUAUUUAUUUAGGAUGCAAUUUUUUCAAUGCUUCGUAUUUGUGAUGAUAACCUAAAAUCUUUUUGGCGUUCCUCUCUAAAUUACUUCGUUUUAGCUUUAUUUUGUAGAUUAAAUACAGGGAAGAAUUCACUGGGUGUGGGGGGGGUGGCUUCGCACCCCACGUCCAUCUAGCCCUGGUCUGAGGGGUUGAGGGGAUUGUAGGGAUGGGUGCUAUUUUUCAUAAUAAAGCAAAAUGAGAUACAGUAAUUUGAGUAAUAACAUGAUGAUAAGCGAACUGCGAACAACAAUUACAAUUCAAAUACAGUAGUCAUGCAAGACUUUGCAGUAGUCAAGCAAAUUGAUCGGCGGGCGGCACACAUGUCAGAGCACCCCACUACCAGUUCAUGCUGGAUCGAUCCCUGAUAUUGAAACAGUUAGCAACCUUAUUCAAUGUACCUGGCGGUUGAGAAACGGAAUAAUAUAAAUACAAUUAUCAUUCAUGCUGUAAAAUCGGCGCCAUAUUAAUAGACAGCAAUAUAAGCAAAACUUACAGAACUUCAGACAUCAUUUUACAGAUAAACAACUGGACAUACUUUUUAGGUUUGUUUGCAAGUGAAAAAAGAUCGUAAAAUAUUCGCCCCCCCCCCCCGCUCGUUUAUUUUUAUAAAAUAACAUUGCGUAAUUACACAAAUUGCAAAUAUUUGGAAAUAAAUAGAUAAAUUGAAAUUGAUUUUUAUUUUGAAAUUUGAUUCUAGGUUACGUUGAUAAGAAACUACGUGGAAGUAAAAGAGGAUUAUUCUUCAACAGCGUAUUACAAAAAGAUCCUUUUGCUUACUCUCCUUUAAGAAACUUUGUAGAAAUCGGAUCUGACACAAACAUUUUAUGUUUCCUCCGACAUUAUCAAGGAAAGCGUCAUUUUCGUAAUUCUGAAAUAACUGACAGUUUCACAUGUGCAUUUUUUGGGAAUCUAAGAUUUGGUGCUCUACAAUUCCAGUCAAUUUACGUUCAUCAGUUCAUGGGAAAUAUGAUUGAAUGA